ACCUCUCAAAAGGUUUGAUUUGAACAGCUUGAAAUAUUUUGAUUCACGAUUUGGUACUGUUAAAACAUUAUGCCAAGACACUAAAAAUCACAAUGACAUAAUUGUCAUUGUGAUAAAUAUGGAGGACUUUCGAAAAUGCACUGUUACAGGCUGUGAUAACAUUCGCAUUCCAGGGUAUAAUGGACGAUGUCAAUCAUGUUACAGUGCAUGCCAUCAACAAUUGCCUGAAAUCACUAUCAAUCAACCUUUGAGAAAGAUUGAAGGUUUGAAAAUCAGGCCUGACCCUGUGUGUCUGACUUCAGGCUGUGGCAAGUCAGGUACCACUGCCAAUGGACUUUGUCUCCAGUGCUACUUAAGGCAGGUUGAUAGUGAAGGACAGGUGACCACUUUCCAGGAGUGUCGUGUUACUGGUUGCAAGGAGUCUGGGUAUAAAAAGUUGCAUGGUUUUUGCAGAAGAUGUUUUAGUGCUGGUCAGAUUAUGGAUCGGUCAGUAAUUAGGAAUUCUUCAGCAGAGAAGGAUCAACUAUGCACUACACAAAACUGUGAGUUUUACGGCCUGGAGGAACAGAAUGGACAAUGCAGCAGCUGCUUCAAGAACUACCUGGAUAGGAAAUCUUUAACAAAGAGUCAUGAAGAUUGUUCUGCAACUGCUAGGAAAUCUUUAACAAAGAGUCGUGCAGAUUGUUCUGAAACUGCUAGGAAAUCUUUAAUAAAGAGUCGUGCAGAUUGUUCUGAAACUGCUAGGAAAUCUUUAACAAAGAGUCGUGCAGAUUGUUCUGAAACUGCUAGGAAAUCUUUAACAAAGAGUCGUGCAGAUUGUUCUGAAACUGAUGGAAAUGAGCAAAACGACUACAGUAAUAGCAGGCUGUCCAAGUUGAGUCACGCUGCUCCUCCAGACAUCUAUGAACCUGUCAACUCAGAUGAAUUAUUUGGCAGUGGAGCUGACAAGAUGCAACUGACGUCACCCGCAACCAGUACAAAUUCAUUCGGCCAACAAACAGAAUUUACUGUCGGCCAACAUGAUUGUAAGAUGCUGUGUGGCCGGAAAUAUGUAGCACAAUGUGAUCCUUAUUGCAUGACCUGUUGGGAAGCACUGAAACUGCAGCCAGUGGAGCAAGCAAGAAUGGCACAGCAUCCUUGCAAUGAUGUUCAACCUUCAUGUAAUCCUCCAUCAGAUUUGUUUAAGUCCUCAGGGUGUGAGAAGCCUCUGUGUCAAGGCCCCUCAGAACAAGGUGAAGCAACUAAAGCCAGUCCAAUAGCAGAUGAUGAAGGUCAAGAUUGGAAGAAACCUGAGUCACCCCCUUCUGGAACAAGCUCAGGGGAAGGUACUCCUACAAGGAAUGUACCUCUUCCAGAGCAUGGAACACAACAAUUGUCUUUCAAUUCCUCAGGUGAACCAACUGAUGAUGAAAGUCCAGAAAAGAAGAGAAUACACCUGAAGAUUGUACCCCUGGAUAAAGUUGGCUUCAGCAACUUGUGCAACUCCAGUACCAUCAUUUGCUUGUGGAAUAAGCACAGUGUUGAUAAUGGAACUCAUCCUCUGUUUGAGAAGAUUGGAGAGGUUAUUACAACCGGACAGCUUGACGAAUUCAGAACAUGUCUUCAGCAUGACCAGGCGGUUGCAACGGGUGGAGGGAGGUCAACAGCUGCGUGUGUCGUCCACUGUAGAUACCACCCUGUGACCAACAGACAGGUCGCAAAUGCCCUCAUCAGAUGCCUGGAGUAUAUUGUCAGUAGGGCAGAGACAAAAGUUGUAUUUCCAGUGAUGUUCUCUGAUGACCUGUGUGACAAGCCAGCUAUGGUGAUGCGGGCGACCAUGGUUGCAAUAUCAAACAUCCAGGUAUCUACAAAUUACACGCAGAACCUGGACAAGUUCUAUUUAUGUGUGGGCAGUGAGGGCAUGAAGACACAGUGCAAACAGGAAUACAAGAAGAUUCUGGCUGACAAGGACCGGAGCCGUUCUCGAAGCAGUGGUCCCAAAUGUCUCACUUGCAAGACGAAGCCUGCAUCGAAGUUGAAGCCACUCUCCGGUUCAUGCAUGGAUGCAUGUGCCGUGUUCUGUAUCCAGUGCUUGCAGCAGGGCCGACACACACAACUGGUCUGCCCCGAACAUGGACGAUGCUUCUCUCCCAUAGGUCACAAGAAUACGUAUGCGUUACUUGUAGCUGGGUAUGACGGGAAAGAAGACGUGGCCAAGCUGUUUGUUGCUGAUGUACGGACCAUGGAGCGGACUUUAGGGGAUGAAGCAGUGAUUGGCAUCAGGAAAGAGAACAUUCAAGUCAUACAAACAGAAACUCCAGGGAAAAAGGAUGACGUGAAAAAAAAACUGAUCAUCGCUUUUAAAGAAAUCCGGAAAGGGUUACCCAAAGACAAGGAUCAUGCAAGGUUCUUUUUCUACUAUUCUGGACAUAACACAACGGCUGGCCUGAAGUUAGGGGGAGGAGAAAAUGUGAUUACUCCGAAGGAAUUGAAAGGAGAGCUGAAGAAGUUACCUGUUGAAAGCAUCAUCAUCAUCCUAGACUGUUGCUACAGUGCAGGAGCGGAUAUUAUUCCAGAUGACAAUGGGGAAGAUUUCACGUCGUCGCUUAGCAGCUGCUCCAAGGAUGAUUCCGAACCUGUCUCAUAUAUCCCCAAAUUAUGGAAUCUGGAGAACAGCGAUGAUUGCGGAGACAAAGGGGAUGGAAGAAAGGUGUAUCAAUGGUCGUCAUCGAGACAUGAAGAAAAGUCAUCGUUCAGCAAGAAGAGGGGAGGGAGUUUCUUUACGUUAUCGAUUGAGAAAGCAAUGAAUGGUGAGUGUCCUCUUAAGAGUCAUCGUUGUCAAAAUUGUAAAAAAUUUCAAUCGGAAGUCAGGAAUCAAGAUGGAGUUUUUCUGGAAGCAAUUCAUAAAACUGUUUGUUACCAUGUUAAGAUGUUAGCCAAAGAGAACGACAAGAAUCAGAACCCACAGUUGGACAGCAAUGAUGAUGAUGACAUCCUUUUGUCAUUCCACACAUUCCGUUCAGUGAGCAAUGAGAUUAACACUGACUGUGGAUGAUCCUGCAAAGUUUGUGUGUUGUUUAACACUGCACUCAGCAGUAUUCCAGUUAUAUGACGACAAGUUAAUAAUCUGGAACAGACAACCAAUGAUCGAUUUUAUGAGCAAUGUUGGGGUACGAUGAUAUACGAGUCUGACCACCAGAUUCAAGUUUACACAAAAUAUAGAACUUGUCAGCUUUGCUGUCAUUUCUCCCAGGACAGGGCCUGGAAUUGGUUGACAUCCAAUACCCUGACUUCAAAGUAGCAUUGUGAUCUCAUAGAAUCUUCUCUUGCUUAUUUUGGUGCAUUCAUGUUUAAACUGUCAUUAUGACCUUUCUGAUCUAAUGUUGUCAAUAUCAUGUGAGCUACAGAGCUAGCUUUGUCUCCAUUAAGAAAAAACCCACAAUAUUUGACGAAUUAAGGAACCUAAUUCCUUUAGUUUUUUUGUUUUUACAUGAAUUUGAUAUCCUCUCUGUUGAUAUUGUGCAAUAAAAUAAUCUUGGAACUA